AUGAUAGCAUUCCGUACGUUCAAACGGUACUCGAGCCAGUUCGCCCCUCAAUUGAAAAGCCAGGUGAACGAAUGGUCCAACCAAAUCAAAAAACAGUCGUGGAGCUUCCCCGAUAACUAUUCAAUUGGCCAAUUAGUAAACUUGAAUCAAGCACUUCGACUUAUAUUCCCCCAAGUGAAACGGGUUGAUCUUAGUCAAGCAGGUAUACCGAUUGGAUACCAUUUUAUUUAUAACAACCAACCGAAUACAGAAUUGGGGAAAGACGGGUAUGAUAACUACCAGGCACCAUUAAACCGCGAUCGAGAAUCGUUAUUUGAAAGAAGAAUGUGGGUUAAUGGAUAUAUACAAUUCCAUGAAGAGAACUUCAAGAUACCUCUACUGACUCGAACUACCUGUAGGGAAACGAUCAAGUCGGUUCGAGUAAUAGAAAGCUCGGUGUUUGUCUCGGUCAAUCGAGAAUUCAUCGAUGAUAAAGGAACACCAAUCAUAACUGAGUUAAGAAGUUUAGUUUAUACGAACGACGAAUACAAACUUCCUGAAAAGGAAAGAAGUUUGAUUAGUAUUGAUCAAGAAGAUACUACAGUGCCCUUUAAGCUUAGUUAUGAUGAUAUCAAAAGGUAUUGCGCACUUCUGUAUAACGUUCAUAAGAUUCACCAUGAUAUCGAAUACUGUCAAAAAAUUGAAAAUUUACCUGACGUAAUAGUGCCAGGUCCAUUUAUGGCAUCAAUUAUAUUAACGGUUUUCAAUUCUCUUUACACUGAAAAAAUUAAAUCAAUCAAGUAUAAGAAUGUUGAACCGUGUUUAGUCAAUACCAAUUUGCACGUGGUGAUUAAACCCAUUGAACAGAAUUCAAAGUAUAGAUUAAUGAUUGCUAACUUAGAAACCAAUCAAAUAUUUAUUGAUUCAGUUGUCAAUGUCGAGACAACUUAA